AUGCACUCUAUUUUCUAUAUUUUAUUAGUUUCAUCAGUUUAUGGACAAUAUUAUAAUCCAGCGCUAAUUAAUUCUGCGCUAAAUUCUGGAAGAACUCAAACUGUUUUAGUUCCUGUCUAUUCUCCAACAAUGAGUAUGGCCUCAGGUUACGGUGGAAUGACAGGAGCAACAUAUGGAAUGACUGGAGGAUACGGUAUGGGAAUGCAAGCAUAUCCAUACGGUAUGAUGUAUCCUGGUUACGGUAGUUCAGCUAUGGGUUGUUGUGGAGGAGGCGGUGGAGUUGGAGUAAGUUCUUUGAAUAAUGAUUUAAUUGACAGUAGCAUUUUUGUUUUUAUUCUUUAUUUCAGAUGGGAGGCGAAAGUAAUGCUCGAAAAUUUUUGCGCGGUGCAACUGAUGGAUUUCUAAUGGGUAGUCUUGGAAUGUUAACCGGUAAAAAAUAA